AUUAGAACUGAUUCAUUUGAGUUGUUAGAUUAUGAUCUCACAGAUUUCUCUAUGAUCAUAUGUGUAGGCUAGAGGAAGGAGUUUAGAUUCAUUAGAGAUCUUGCAGGAUAGUGAUCAGAUGGUAUUUAUGGUAGUUUUAAAUGUUGUGUGUUUUAAGGAUAAACAAGACAGACUCUGAUAAUUAAUUCCUGUUUCUUUUGAGUGGAAAGCUUUCUGGGUGUUUUAGAGGCGCUUGGAUCAAAAUAUAGAGAAGAGUAUUACAUAUAGGGUAGGGGCUGUAAUACUUUGUAGAACGGAAGAUGAGUGGAGAAUAUGAAUGGUUACGGAAAUGAGAAUGGAUUCAUGAACAACUCUUUUCAUAAAGAGGGUGAAAGUCAUCGUAAUUCAAGGCUCCCACAAGCUCAAGCACAUCACCAGGGGAACACAGAGAAGAGGCAUAUAAUGGAGACAUUGGAUAGAGGUUACUCUGAUUUGUACAGAAAUUCUAGUGAGGAAAUUGUGUUGAAGUCCUUGAUGGAAAACCCGAUGGGGAUUUCAGCGCCAAGUAUGGAGAUGCUUGGCUUUAAGAACAUUUCCCAAACUCUAAGAGGUGAUAGUGAGGAGCUCUUUAACAGCUGGCUUCUGAAUGGGGAGAUUCCUGGUUUCAUUUCUUCAAAUGGGGCACAUCGUACUCGGGUAACUUCUCGGAGGAUAUCAACAGAGCCUGCUGCUGUGUCUUCCUUCCAGCAAAAUGACAGCUUAUUCCAGCAAAACACAAUUGAGGAACACUCAGCUGACCCCAGCCGCAGGAAUAUUCCAGAUAAAGGAAUUCAAGCUAGCAAUUUGUACUUGGCCAAGGCAUGGUUUCAAAGUACCCAACCAAUGACAAGAAGUAGGUCUUCCGAAUUAAGGAGAAGGUAUGCUGCCAUGCAAAAUAUGCUGACACCUACUGUCGUGGAAGCCCCAAAUGACACUCCGGGUCCAGGGCGUGGCGGUAGCAUCAUGAAGCAUGAAUUUGCAGGCACAAACAAUUUCUGUGAUGUUUCCAUGGGGGAGAUGCCAACGCAACUGCAUACCUUCAUGUCUCCAUCCAAUUCAUCUACUUCUCCCUUCAAUACACCUCCAAUGGCAACUGUUGACACUGUGUCUUCUGUUGUGAGCAUGCUUAAGGGUACAUUAGAACGCAAGAAACUUGGAAACCAAGCGGAUAAAGAAAUUCUUGAAGGCAAUUCUUUUGUCUUUUCUACUGCUGCAGAAGUUGCAUCCAAUAUCGGCUCACAUCAAGAUGCAGCUGGUCAGCUUUUUGAGCCAACUAUGCCUUUUCAUAUGGUAUCCUCCAUCCAUAUGAAUGAUCUGGGGAAGUUGCAAAAAGUUGAAACUUCACUAGAAUUAAAUGUCGAAGGUUUUGUUAGUUCAGGAAACCAAAUCCAGUUGGGUGUGCUGUCCCAAGAACCUUCACAAAGUGAAUCAUCCGCUGCUGCACCUGUAAUUUCCACUGGUUUUGAAGUAUGUGAUGAUCCUGCUCAGUCUGCACAAACAUUAUCUGUUUGUGAGAAUUCCAGAAAACAUAUUGGAAAUGGUACUACAGAGCGUGGACCUAAAGCCAGAGAAUUCAGGGAGAGAAUGCUGGAAAACAACUUCAAGGAUGACCGGAAGAAGGGGAAUUUAGUACGGAUGGGUUCUGUUUCAUCUGGAGGUACAGUGGACAAGGGGGACCCUACAAAGAAACGCCGGGUUGAACGAUCUCGCAAGAUGGCAGAGGCGAAGGAGAGAAAUUCAACACCGGCGUUACCAUCAGAUAUGCAGUCUGUUCUAAAACGCUGUGAAAAUCUUGAGAAGGAAGUCCGGUCACUCAAGCUUAACUUAUCCUUCAUGAAUAGGAAGGAUUCCGAGCAGACAAAACAAAUUGAGGAGCUUCAAAAACAGAAUGAUGACUUGGCAGAAGAGAAGGAAAGACUUCUUGAAGAAAUUGAGAGGAUCAUCUCAGAGACCAACAAGAUGUGAGACUCACUAUAUAUAUUAAUCUGAUCAUAAUCCUUCUCUUUUAUGUGGAUGUGGUAUUCUUUACGCUCACAUGUACCACGGAUGAUAUAUGGAUUCCUGUAAAACAGGGUAUUAAAUACAUAUAUCUAUCUUUUACUUUAA